UCGUCACCAGAGGAAGUGCAGGUGAGGAGCACUAGGACCAGGGGGAGAACGGGUCACAGUCACACUUUACAACCAGGGGAGCGGAGGAGGCUUGUCUGCGGCUGGAACUUGAACAAAGUCGCUGUGAACUAUAGUCCAGUGUGGCGGUAAAUACAGAAACUAACCAACUGUGUGGUUUUUAAAACCACUGACCCGGACUGGACCGUGAGGGGUUGUUGUAGGUGUGUGUGUGUCUGUGUUUUGUUCCAGUUUGCGCUGUGUGUGUGUGUGUGUCUGAUCUUCCUGAAAACACCUGCGUGCUUCAGGUAACUCACCGGUGGAGAGGGAAGUGUGAGGAGACUGAGCAGGGAGGAAACCGAAGUUUGUCCACCUGAGGAUCAAACUCUGGAUGCACCCAUCUGUACUGUAGUUGGAGGAAGUUAAGAGCAAAUCAAGUUCCGUCUCAAGACCACAACAACAUUAAGGGAUGUGUUCCAAUCGGAGUAUAUGUGGCGGCAACAACCGUCCUAACCGGUCCAGCUCAGAGGGCACCAGUUCAGGCGCCCACUAUGCCCUGUGCGCCCUGGGAAUUGGACUGAUUGCCCUGGGUAUCGUCAUGAUUGUGUGGACUGUGAUACCCACUGAUGGAGAUGAAUCGGGUUUGCCCUCCAGUCAUUCAGUCAACUCCACCUCAGGGCCUGACGGUGGCAGCGGAGACGAGGAGGAAACAGACCACACAAAGUCUUCGUCCGUGGCUAUGGUACUGGUUGGAGUAGGAGCAGCCAUGUUGCUGUUGUCCCUUUGCCUCGGUCUGAGGAGCAAGAGGAGAGCUCGCAACAGACCUGCCCAACCUGUGGCUGCGGGAGGCCCGCUCAUGGAUCACGUGCCUGGGGACCAGGAAGAAGCUGCAGAUCCAAUCACGUAUAAUGUACCGAGCUAUGAGGAGGUGAUUGGCAGUGAGGACUACCCUGUCCGUCAAAGUAACCUUCGCAGCAGCACCUCCCAGCUGCCAUCUUACGAGGACAUCAUAGCAGCCGUUGAAAAUGAGGGUACGGAGCCCAAGGACAAUCCCACGGAGGACACCCCUCUUAGCGAGUCCACACCAGCUCCUGUCCAGCCGGCCGCUGAGCCCGCCCAGGCUGACCCUCCUGGCCUGACACCGAACCCCAGCCUGCCCACCCGUAGCACCAGCCGGGCCAGCCGCUUACUGCGGCCCCUGCGAGUGAGGAGGAUCAAGUCGGACAAAUUGCACCUGAAGGACUUCCGUCUCCAGAUCCGUACCCCCACACAGAAUCCGGUAACAAUUGAACCCAUCACUCCACCACCGCAGUAUGAUAACAAGAUGCCUGAAUUACAGUAGGAGCUCUUCCCUCAUCUCUCACACACUGUCUGUUCCUGGUGAAACCAAAUAACUCUGCAUUAAAAGGACUAAUGAUACAUUUUGAAAGCCCAUUUUCUAGGUUGGUAUUAAAUAGGUUAACUGUGGCUGCGGGCAGUGUGACGCAGGCCGUGCAGACACUUUCCUGAGAUAAGAAUAUUUCAAACUUAAUCUCGUAUUCUUUAUCAAUGAAGCUUGCGAUUGGCAUAUUUAUUUUGUUAUAAUGCAUCGGUUUGAAAUGAUCUGCUUUCACAUUUGAGAUUAUUUUAAACAUCAUGUUAAACUAUAAUGUCAAACAUAGGGCAGCCUCUCAGUUUUAUUUAAUAUCCAGUUUUUCACCUCACCUGGAUUUAUUAUUGUUGUAUUUUGAGUUUGAUUAGUUUUGAUCUGUGGAAAAUUUGAAUCCAUGUCUUGCAAUUCAGAAAGGGGUAAAAGGGAAACUAAUUAUUUGACAGUGGUAUUAAGUAUCAUCAGUGUCAGAUGCACCACUUUUCUGUGAUUUUGAACCGAAGAAGGCCAAAAACUUUGUGACUUAACUUUUUCUUUGUAAAUGUCUGUUCUUGUUUGUUAGUCUUAACUGUCUCCUUUAAAAGGAACUUGUUCAAAUGACCUUUUUACAUAUAUUAUGAGAAGAAAAAUAUUGUAUGAAACAGUAAAACCAGAAGUAAACUAUUGAAUAUUCUACGGGAUGUGAUGUUGGGAUGUGCGUUGCUUCAUGAUUUUUUAUAAUAGUUUAAAUGUUGAAAUCCCUUUUGAAUAAGUGUUUUUAUCUUUCCUCCAGGAUCAUGUAAAGAUUUUGUUUUUGUUGCACAUGUCAAUGAAAAUAACUAUAAUUGUAAUUAUUCAGUUCACCAUUGUUCAUCAAUGCCACGACCGGUAAGAAAAAAUAGCCCUAUUAAAUACAGAUUAAAACACCAUUAGUGCUACUGAAACACACAAAUAAAUAAUUGCUGCAUUUUC